GCACUCGCGCGCCGCGCCGCGCCAGAAGACACCGCGCGCCGCCUGGUCGACGGGCAGACGUACCAGCGGCCGUCGCAGAGUCUCCCCGCGGACAGCACCCCGGACACCCGCUGAAGAUGAGGGCCCUCAUGGAGAAAGCCAGGUUCCUGUACAAGCCCUACGUGUUGGCCGUGGUGUCGCUCAGCUACAUGGUAGCCGAGGUCGGCCAUUUCCUGAUUGGCGUGACGAGCAAGGCCACGGCCACAGACAUCCACUACGGAGACAUCAGCUGUCAGCUCAACAACACCGAGCUGACUGCGGCCGAGAUCCCCGUCAGGUGCGACAACGCCACCAGCCCUGAAACCUGCGCCAACCUGACGCUGAACGGCAGCAGCUACUGCGAGUGGACGUACAACGGCCUGGGCAUCGACUACCAGAUCCUGGCGGGCCCCAGCUUCAUCGCCGUGUACACCGUCAUGGGAGUCGUGCUGGGCGUACUCGCCGAUCGCUACAACAGGGUACGCAGCCUUGCGAUAUGUACUUUCAUAUUCAGCAUCGCCAUCUUGCUAUCCGGAGCUGUACAAAGCUACUGGCAGCUUGUUAUCCUGAGGUUGCUAUUGGCCGUUGGGGAAGCUGGUUGUAAUCCGAUGGCUACGGGUCUUCUCUCAGACAUCUUCCCUGAAAACAAGCGAGGACUCGUCCUGUCCAUCUUCAACUGGGGAAUCUACGGUGGAUACGGAAUCGACUUCCCUAUUGGCCGUUACAUCCCCAAGCUCGACCUCUGGGGGCUGGGCUGGCGCGUGUGCUACUACGGCGCCGGCAUCGCGGGCUUCAUCGUCAUGUUGCUGCUGGCCUUCACGGUGCGGGAGCCAGAGCGCAAGGCCAUCGGCGAGGAGAGCGCGCGCGCGGGCGGCGACCAGACCCCGAGCCAGACCCGCGCCCCGGCCGACUGGCGCGUGCUGCUGCAGCCGCGCGUCGUGGCGCUCUGCCUCGCCGCCUCCAUCCGGCACACAGGUGGGCUGUGCUUCGCCUACAACUGCGACCUGUACUACCAGAACUACUUCCCCACGGAGGACCUGGGCUGGUGGCUGUUCAUCGUCACCUUCGGCAUCGGCAGCAUCGGCGUCAUCGUGGGCGGAGUCAUCUCCGACAAGUUCGUCGCCCGGAUGGGCAUCAAGUCACGGGUGGCCGUGCUCGCUCUCAGCCAGCUGAUCGCUACCCCCGGCGCGUUCGGCAGCGUGUAUGCUGAUCCUCUGUGGGCUAUGAUCACUCUCGCCAUCUCCUACUUCUUCGCCGAGAUGUGGUUCGGCAUCGUGUUCGCCGUGCUCGUGGAGAUCAUCCCGCUGUCGAUGCGCUCCACGACCAUCGGAGUGUUCCUGUUCGUCAUGAACAACAUCGGCGGCAACCUUCCCAUCCUGGUCGACCCUGUGUCCAAGGCGCUGAGCUUCCGCGAGUCGCUCUACAUCUUCUACGUCGGCGCCUACCUCCUCAGCUCCGUCAUGUUCCUCGGGACCGUGUUUCUGAUGGACCCGGCGCCAGCGAGCAAAGAGAAGUCCGCCGAGACGGGAUUCGACAACGCAGCUUUCUCCAUGGAGAGGAUAGCUAGCGGGCAGAAUGUCGCCGAGAGGAGCAAGCACUGAGAACACGAUGUUAUGACAUGCGCCAACACGUACCGACACGAACCGAACAGUUGCGAAUUUCAACUGGAGUCUGUUCCUACAUCGUGUCGUGAGGAUGGGUCAGGAGAGGGGACAGGGGAUGGCCAGGCAUGUUGUUUGUCCUGCCGAUGGUCUGCGCCUUGUCUGCUUUACACCCAAACAGCGGCUCAAGUGCAGUGUUUGUAUGUGGAAACAGCCUUAAAGGUCUGUAUUAUAUGGAUGUGAUACUGUUGUACGGGGCAAAUCUAACUCAUACUUAUGAACCAUGAUCAGGCGUACCCUAGCAAAGUUUUAGGGUGUUUAGACUUGACGAUGGUGAGAUAAAAUGUGACUAUGUCCCAGCAUGCCAUAGCCGAAAUUUUAACUUCAUGGUCUAAGGAUGUUAGCUUACGUGUUGAUCAGAAUGGACUUUUACCAAUCGUAAAAAAAUGAACAAAUAUGACGAAUCAAAGUUACAUUCCAAUGAAUUUCAAGAUGUAUUCGUUAAGAAUCUAUAAUAUCCAGUGGCGGACGCAGAAAGUAUGAGGGGGUAUAUGAGGAGGCGGUUUCCUGGUGAAGGCAGAAAGUUAUUUUUAAUGGCAAGGCGAGCUGUUAUGUCACCUGAAAUCACAAACCACAAAGGCAGUUAUGCAUGUUGAUAAUGAUAAUGUAACUCACUAAACUGCUUGUUGUUGACGUAAGGUUUUUGAAUACAAAUUCUUAUUUUAUUUAAUCCCCUUCCAAAAUAAAUUCCUGUAUCCACCACUGAGACUAUCAAUAUGUGGUCAUUACUUAUAGAUGUUUAUAAAAGUCCUUUUAUCUUAGGUCUUAAAAUGUUUUAAAAAUGCCAUUCUUUGAUCACUUUAUAAAGGUUGUUAAUAUAAGCAACGUGUACUUAUUAUCAGUUUUUUUUCUUUGGAACAUCCCGUUUUCCAAAUUAAACUUUCCGCUUCCUUUCACGGUAAUAUGUCUUAGGCUUUGUUCGCGUAGGCCUUACGUAAUGUAACUUCUGAACUGAAAUGUGCAGUGGAUGUAUAUGAAAAUUGUCGUGGGUACAGACAUUACAAAGGUGGUAAAUAUUAUGUACCACCCCAACGAAUAAGUACAAUGUCUAUAGUUUUUUGAAAAAGUGUACAUUAAAUAUAAUUUAUAAGCUUUCAAUUAAUUUUUCAGAAAAAAAUAUUAUUAUAAGAGUAGCAGGCCUACACAACUAUUGUCCGUGGUCACUUAGCGAAGGCUACACUGUUUUAGGUCAACAUUACAGAUGCAAUCUUAGGAGAAUAAUACAUUAAAUAUGGCGUUUUCCAAGUCAUCCGUAACAAAGGUGAACUCUUUGCAUUCGAAAUGGCUCGAAACUACAAGCCAAGAAAUAUAUUUGUUCGGUUUUCAAUCUAAAUUCAUUGUACCUAUGUGUCUUCUGUUUUUGCUAGAUAAUAUGCAAUUUUGUUUGAGAAUCGCAUUACUUGGUUAUGCAGAACCUAAGUCGGGAUGCUACGUUAUGAAAUUCCGAAUUCCCGCCCACUAGCCACUUCUGCCCCUUCCACUCCACACCCGAGCGGUUGGGGAAGGUCUAAUGCACAACUUUACAAACUUCCACGGUUUAAUACUCCAAAUAUUAUUGUGAUCUGAGCGUAUUGCAUAAUUUUUAAGGUUUCGAAAGACUUCUAUUUAUCAGUGUAAAAUUAAACGUUAAAAAUAUCACUAAUCUAAACAAUCCCCACCCCCCCCCCCCCGCCCCUACUCACUAAUCCUCUUUCGAUGACCCUGGGUGCAGGAGUUGCAUUUACCCCAUUAGAACGGGUUGGUUGCAGUGACUGUCGGCGGCUAGGACGCCCUGUUACUGUUUGGCUGCAGAAGUCGUGGAAGGUACAGCCUGUGCGAUCAAAGCCUUUGAUACUUCUCCGCUUGGCUGGCAACAAGCGAAUAAGCACCUGAGUCAGGUCUGCUACGAUGCAGCCUUGAAAACACUCUUUCUUGCUUGUACCAUGUGAGACCUGUACAUCACAUCACUUACUUAUUAAAUUGUUAUUGUGUUUUAAAAAAAAACUAGCAUUCAUAGUUUUUUUUUGUAACAAAAAUCUCUCAUCAUGAACAUAGCUUUCUAAAAUUAAAUUGUUAGAUUUAUAUACCUGUUGUGAAUUGUAAAUUAUUUUUAGUGAUUAAUAAAAAACUUUUAAUACAUUGGUGCAAUUAUAUUAAAAGAUGAUGGCAGCAAAAUAAAUUAUACAACAUUUUAGCUCAAAUCGCUAUGCGAGUGUCCAAGCCCAUCUUAAGACUGUGGUCGGCGUUUCCUGACUAAAGUUCUAGUCUUUCAUGCAUAUUUAGAUGUAAUAUUUUAUGUGUCUGUCCUGUUAUUUUAACGAAGUGUAAUGUAUUGUGUGUUUUAUAAGCCACGAUAGUGCUGUUAAUUUUUCAUUUGUUAUGCAAAAAUUAAACAUCGAAGUACAGUUGACAAUUUCUUCUGUGUGAAAUUAUGGUCAAUUUUUGCAUUUCUAAUCAUUUAAUGCCAAAAAAUUCUCGGUGUUUUACUGAAACAGGGUACCAAGCAGAUAUCAUCUGUUAUUAAUGUAGCACUUUUUGAACUAGAAUAUUACAAUUUUUUGUUUGGACAUUACAUAUAUUUGGUAAAUCAUGUGUCUCGCGCACUAUUUCCUCAAAUUUCAAUUAAAUGUUUUAGAUCAACAUUUACACGCAUAUUUAGAUGUUUAAAAGUAAAAAAUUAAUAAAAACCUUUUUAAAGAAUAAAUUUUGUAAAUAUUUACAUUGCCUUUGGAUUGUUGCUUAACAAUCUGUUAACUUGAGUUCACUAAAAUUAUUUCCUUCAAGAUAUAAUAACAUCUAACUAUUAAUGGGAUUUUAAAAGAACGAUUUUUCUUACACGGAAAAUAUCAAGUACAAACAACGGAUUUAAUCAUUAAAAGUUUAGUUUGUAUAUACUUUUAGUUUAUCCUCUCUGAAUUUGCUUUCAAUCAAUUUUAGGUAUUUUUUUAACAUUGGAUUGUGCUUGUACGUAUUAGGUAUGUGAAGAUAAAUGAUUAAGUUAUAAAAAUAUAUUUAUUUCCGGUGAAAGGUGAUGGUUUUUCUGCAACUGAUACCUUAGUUAAGUUAAAUAAAUUAAACAAAAUUCUUCCUGUUUUGUGGUUUUAAUCUUUGCCCAAGUUCAUAAAAAAUACACAUUGAAAUAACAAAUAAAUUAUUCAUUAUUGAUAAUAAGGACAAUUUAUAUAUUUAAGCAUUUUUAUAAUAUAUAAAAAGUGUGUCUUUUAAAAAUUACAAAUUAAGGAUAAAUAGUUAGAAAUGCAGCUAUUAUUUUUAAACUUAUCACAAUUGUUUCUUAAUUUAUUUAAAUUGAUUAUUGCUAUUUCUGAUUGUUGCAUUUGAGAGAGGAUGAUAACGAACCGCGAAAAUAAUUUAAAAUAUGAUUUUAAAAAAUAAAUUUGUUAUGUUAAAUCGGAAAAUACGCAGCUUGUAUAAAUAAUAUCCAUUAAAUAUAUUACAUAUAUGAUUUCUGUGUUUUUCCCUUAAAUUGUAAGCAAAAAUGGGAACGCUAUGAUUAUGAACUAAUUUAUUUUACCUUUUACUCUCUGUUUUAGAACGCAGAUUACUAGAAUAUUAAACUAUUGUGAUAUGUUUUACAAUAUGGCACUUUGAAAUGUUUGUUUUAAGCUCUUAGUUACUUACAUGUAAAACGAAGCACUGCAAACUGGUUAGAAAUUUUCGUAUGAGUUUAUUAUUAUUUUUGUUUGUUUACUUUACUUCUAAUGCAAAAGAUGACGUGUAUGUUUAUAAGUUGUCUAAUUCUGUAAUAAUAUAAUUAAAUGUUUUUCAAUAUAAUACAUUUAUUUUACUACUUCUUUCCAAGCAGAUACCUUAGAUUCGCUGUUAAUAUGGUCAUAAUGCCUCAAGUUCUUAGCUUAUUGAAAUAACACUUGUUUUGGGAACAAAUUGAAAUUGGCCAAAUAUUUAUACUGUGGCAUUGAAUGAGACUGUAAAAUGCUUUUGAGGCCAAAAAGUUAAACUUAUGUACAUAUACAAAACAAAGUUUAUGUCAAAGUUUAAUGUCAAUAAUACAGUCUAUUUAGGCAGAAAUAUACAUUGCUUGAAGAAUAAAUAUUACUAACAGUAGGUCAGGUUUUUGAAAAACCAUAAAGUAACAACUGCUAGUGUUUGUAUCCGUUAAAAAAUAUUGAUAAUUUUAAAUGACACAGUUGUGAUACCGCAACCAAAUUCAGUUUCCGUUAUGGGUCCCUAAAUAAUUUAAAAUAUGAUCUAGAUAGCUAAUCAUGAAAAAAAUAAUUAUUAGAUUCUUUCAUUUAUUUUUCAUUUCAUGAUUGUUACAUUCUUUCAGUGCAUAAACUGAAACUUUUCUAAUAUAUUUCAAAUUAAUAAAUGAAAUUGGGAAAUCCGACUUAACUUGUCCAUAUGGAAAUUGUAUGUUUUUUUAUGCCAAUAACGAUUUGAAGGAGAGAGAAUGUUUUUUUUUUUUUUUUUUUUAACUCUAGUGUAGUAUUUCAAAAGUUUAUGCUUCUUAUAAGAAGGAUCAGCGGAAAUACCCACUUAAUUAAUGUCACUUACGAAGGAACACAUGAUGAUUGUUUAUGAAUAGUGAAAACCACAUGAAGUUGUUUGUAAACACUUCUUACAUAACAGCAGUGGAAGAAUGACUAUAAUGACCAUUCAGAUGCCUAUUAAAAACUGUAAAAUUUAAGAAAAGUUGCAUAACACUGACCAUAAACUAUUAAGACACUAAUCGAGAGAAUUCUAGUCAUUACGUCGUAGCUUUGUGACCGGGUUAGAACCUUGUUCACGAAUUUCCGGCUCUGCGUUUCCACGUCUGUUGGCGUGACCUUGGUUUACACUCUGUGAAGGACAGGCUAACGGAGAUGAAGUGACGUAAGUAGUCGCUAAUGACGUAACGUCAAGAACAGUUAGGCUGGGUUUAUAAACUACGCAAGAAACGUACGGGAGAGAGAUGAGUGUAGUCACCCACCACCAUGGGCGCUUGUGCCCCUGGUUACAAAAACCAGAAGCGAUUAAAAUAUGAAAGCGGACAUAGCGUCCAAGUCCUGGGAAGAAAAUUGUUUUCUACUGUUUGACGAUUUGCAGUUGCAGGAUUGGUGACUUCUGCGAUUUUCGUGCUUCGUAAACGACUGUGAUUUUUGGUGUUGGUUGCAUGUUGCUUGACAUGAAUACCUAGCAUCAAUACGUGCCUGACCAAAGACUGGAUGUACGUAAUCACCAACUGGUCGUGUUAGCCUGACCACAAACUGGACGUGGCUGGUCAAUCGACUGUAAUGUAGAGAGGACCUGAAAACACAUGCCAAGACAUGUAAAGGACUUGCUUCGCACUCCAUAACGUCUGAAAUAAUCGAGAAACACUAGUAGUUUGCUUGUUUUUGCAUUAAUAUAAAUUAUGUAAUAAAUAUUUUAUUUGUAAUUUAUCAAGUAUAAAACCAAGCACUGUAAUCGAUCGAGUCAAUCAUUAAUAUAACAAGUGAUUUUUUUAUAAAUUUUUAAAUUUUCCUCCAAAUUUAAUACUUCAAAAUACUGAUUUUUAAGAUGGUGUCCAGGACGGUCGACAAUUGGCGUAUAUCAAGGUAAUAAAUAAUUACUGCACUCUAGCGGGGAAAAAUUAAACUAACAUGAUGACAGCUUCCUAUAGCAGACGGAAAGAAAAUGGCGGAUCUGAGAUGGCCACCAUGAUGUCACACUGGCUAAUGUAAUAUCUGCCUUGGCAUUAGUGGUGGGAGUCAGUCUGCAGGUGACUUCCGUGGAUGAAAUAUGCAUCGCCAUUUUUUUGCCUCCACUGGGUUCUAAUCAAGGACUCUAAGACAUGAGUUCCUUUUUUAUUAAAAUUGGGGUAAAAUAUUGUUUAAAUAUAUUUUUUAUAAAUUUUGAUUUUUUACAGUUUUUCUAGCAUAAUAAAUACGGAUUUUAUAGAUGGAGACCGUAAAAACAAAUUGCAACAUUAUAAAAUCCAAUAAGGAAACUAACGAAAAGUAUAACCAAGAUGGCGACCGCAACGUAAAGUUCUAAGUUAGGGAGUGGGACGCUCGAUGUAAAUAUGGCUGAAUCAAAAAAUACCACCGGGGUUAAGUUCAAGGUCAAAGGUCAAGUUCAAACCUAAAUUCAAAAAGUCAAAGUUCAAGGUCAUCCAAGAUGGCGGCCGGUCAUUGACCUGUUCUUUUCUCCACACCCUGAAGCCUGCGUUCGACGCUUCAUCAUCCUAUUACUCGAAAUUACUAUUAAAUGUCUCAAUAUAUUGCUUACAUACUGGGGAUGGUAAGAAGACAUCCCAAAUAAAAUGCAUGCUCUUGAAUAAUGUGAAGUAUGGAUACCAGUCAUUUUGGCACCAGGAACAAAAGCUUUUGAUGCCAGGUAAGUAUUAAAACCAAGCAAGAUUGUGUGCAGAAAGCGAGAUUUUUUGCUAAGGGUUCUUCAGGAAGAGUUCUGUUAUUCCGAUGCUAACAGUCUGGAGACAAGUUAUCGCUAAAGCAUCAGUGGCUGAAUAGUUCACCAGUAACAUAAUUCAUGUGGGAUUUAAUUAGACAAUUAAAAUACUUUGGUAUAAUCUCAAUUAUCUUUAUAUAUAUAUAUUUCUUGUGUGCGUGUGUAUGUCACUGAACUCCUCCUAGACGGCUGGACCGAUUUUGAUGAAAUUUUUUGUGUGAGUUCACGGGGAUUCGAGGAUGGUUUAAAUUCACAAUUGGAUAUUUUAUCUCGAUUCUGAGUUAAGAAAAACUAAAAAAAAAAAACACGCUUUAAAAGCAAAAAAACUAAGCAUUGUUGAUAAUUAGCCUCCAUGGCAACGGGCUUUUGCAUUGUUGUUGCCUUCUGCGUAACCAUGGGAAAGAUUUUUGGUAAAGGCAGUGGCGUGCACAAGAGGAGGGGUAUGUAUAAUGAGAAGAUACAAAAUGUCCAGCGUAGAAAUACUUACCGCCAUAUCCAUAUCUCACAAAAAGUACAUUUGGGCAGGACAAUGUCUGUCGGGUCCGCUAGAAAGAUAUAUAGAGAGAUAGAGAUAUAAAUAGAAAGAUAGAGAGAGUUAUAGAGAUAUACAUAGAGAGAUAGAGAAUUAGAGAGAUGAAGAG